GAUCCUCGGAGCUUGACACGGUGAAGUCAUGGCGGCGGAGACGGAGGCAGAAUCACAGUACCUUAAUGUACUCUCUGCUUUCCUCGCCAUCGAACCGGUGGACUCCGUCAUCACUCUCGCUAGAGGGUGCACUGGAGGAUCAAUUACUGAGAACGCCCAGAGAUUUUUCUGGGAAAUUUGCGUUGAAGCUGCUGCGAAUGGUAACGGAUCAUACGCGAAGAAGUUACUGAAGAAACUCAUAAAUGAAGUUGAGUUAGAGAAUGGUGAAGUAUUGGAUGAAGUGUAUGAAGAGUAUGCUCUUUACAUGUUAACUUCUAAGGAAGAUAUAUUGGUGAAAGAAAACAUAAGGAUAACCAAAUUCAUUUCUUUUCUUUUCCCUGAAGGUUCGUACAAACACCCGAGUUGUCCAAGGUCGAGGAAAUUAGUUAUUCCGCUGCAUUGUUCGUUGAACAUGCUUGAAGGAGAUACCGGGUGUUCCAUCUGGCCAUCGAGUCUGUUUCUGUCAGAAUUUGUUUUGUCAUUUCCAGAGUUAUUCGCCAAUAAAGCCUGUUUUGAGGUUGGUUCUGGAGUUGGUAUGGUCGGGAUUUGCCUUGCACAUGUAAAGGCCAAAGAGGUGAUACUAACAGACGGAGAUCUUUUAACUUUGUCUAACAUGAAGCUUAAUUUGGAGAGAAAUCACUUAAACUAUGAUGACGAGUUUCUCAAACAACCCGGAGAAGCUCAGAGUACACGAGUUAAAUGCACUCAUCUUCCAUGGGAAACUGCAUCGGAAAGUGAACUAAGCCAAUAUCGUCCAGAUAUUGUUCUAGGCGCAGAUGUAAUCUAUGAUCCGUCAUGUCUCCCUCAUCUACUUCGGGUGCUAGUAGCCCUUUUAAAGAACCCACCCAAAAGAGGAAAUGGCUCUCUCGAGACUGAAGACAGAGACACGACACAAGAAGAACACAGUCCCGCGGUGGCUUAUAUCGCAUCUGUGAUCCGCAAUGUAGACACUUUUAAUGUGUGCUUGACACUUGCAGACCAAAUGGACCUUUCCAUCACAGACGUGACCGCAGAACUUACGCCUCGCUUUGAGCUUUUACCAUAUAUGCAUUCGUAUGACCGCUCAACCGUUCGGCUCUUCUCCAUAUCCUCCAGAUAAUGUAAUUCUUUCAGAAGCAAUUUAGUUUCUUUACAAUUGAAAUCAAAUAUUCCUGGACCGUUAUUUCGAAACAUAUUCCAAGAUGGUUGUUGGUUGGUCAGGUCGAAGGUUUGGUGGUUGAAAUCGCGGUUAUUAGCAUUUCAUGUGUUUGCGGAAAUGUGUAUGUUGAUCUUAGAUUAAGGGUUAUAUAUACAACCGCUAAACGCAAUCACUGGUUG